CUUGGGAAGAGAUACCAAGUCAAAUAGUUAUAAAAUCUUUUCUAAAGUGUGGCAUUUCCAAUGCUGAUGAUAGCUCACAAGAUCAUUUUCUAUAUGAAUCAGAUGAAUCAGAUGAGGAACAAAAAAGAGAAGAAGUAGUAGUACAUUUAGAUAAUGAAUCGGCAACAGAAAUAGAAUUCAAUAAUAAUGAAGAUAACGAAGAUGAAUAA